GCACGUGCGUCCUUAACCACGCCCCGCCGGUGACGUCACGGCUCCCGAGUCUCCGCGGUGCUCUGCGGCGAGAGGACCGCGCCGCACUUGCUCACUCAACGAGCGCGCGACGGGGCGAGGCGGCGAUGACCGUGUGGCCCUCAUCCGUCGUCACCGCGAUGGGACCGAGCACCGCGUUCUUCGUGAGACGAGCCCUCACCCCCGACUCCCUUCAGCCGCUCCAUCUGGGGACCCGGACUAGAAAACACCGCAGUUGAGCGGCUCUACUCCUCCACUUGAGGAGAAGGAUGACGAGCGGAGACACCCAGAGAUGAGAAGUGUUGAUCUUGUCAGCUUAGGCACGGACGUUUGCGUGAGCCUCAUCUGAGUCCCGCACAUCGACACCAUGUCCGCCAUGUACAUUUCUGCAGUGGUCCUGUGGACGUUGGCGGUGGAAAUCUCGGCGCGGGUUUUGAACGCCACUCACCCGGCCGAGCCGCCCUUCCUCUCCCCCCGCCAUUAUCAAUACAAAGACCCCCAUUCCGGCACCCGGUUGGUCUGCGACAAGUGCCCGGCCGGCACCUACGUGUCGGCCCACUGUACCUUAACCGCCGUUCGGGAGUGCAGCCCCUGCCCCGAAGGUACUUUCACGCGAGGCGAAAACGGCGUGGCGCAAUGCCAUCGCUGCCGAGCGCCGUGUCCCGCCGGCCUGCUGGAGAAAGUCGCCUGCGCCAGCUCCCGGGACCGCGUCUGCGCCUGCCCUCCCGACAGCUUCCUGUCGGCGGAAGGCGGCGCCGAGUGUCGGCCCCAUUCUCUGUGCCCCCCCGGGACCAGGGUGAAAAAGCGGGGUGGCGAAACGGAAGAUGUGAUUUGCAAGCCGUGCACCAAAGGAACUUUCUCCGACGCCGAGUCCAACGCGCUCAAGUGCCGAGCCCACGCCGACUGCCGAGCUCGGGGGUUGACGCUGCUCGCGGCGGGGACCAGGGAGACCGAUAAUCUGUGCGGAGCGCCGCCGACGGGCCCCUCGCGAAGACGCGACUCGGCGACGUCGGAAUCUUCCUCAUCGCCGUUAGAUCGUCAAGGCAUCGACGUACGUUCGGGUGCGAUUCGACUGAGAGAAACUCAAGACGGGAAACUCGGGCCUGAAAUUCGCAGCGGUGCGCCAAGCGCCAACGCGGCCGUCCGUGAGCGCGCUCGGGCCUCGGCGCCCCCGCUCACCCGACAGCUGCCACGCCGCCAGCAAUCGUUUGAUGAACCCAAUUCUUACCCUCCGCGUGUCCCUAAUAAGCGGACGACGGAGGCACUCGAGGGGUCGGAGGUCAACGUCGGGACGGGAAUGGGGAAGAUCCCCGCGCAGCCGAACCGAGACCGAGUUCCCGAUCCCAACCGCGGCACCCGAAGAGGAUCCCCGCGGCCCAGCGCCGCCGAUCACUUCGAUAUCAACGAGCACCUCCCCUGGAUGAUCGUCCUGCUGCUGCUGCUCGCGCUGGUGGUGAUCGUGAUGUGCAGCGUGAAACGCAGUUCCCGCGUACUGAAGAAAGGCCCCGCGCGGGACCCGAGCAGUAUCGUGGAAAGGGCCAUUCAGAAGAAAGCGCCGCCGCCCCCCCCUGCCCACGUCAAAGAGAAGUGGAUCUAUUACUCCAACGGACAAGGAGUGGACAUUCUCAAAGCGGUUGCGGCUCAGGUGGGCCCCCAAUGGGUUGAGCUUUAUCAGUCGCUGGCCAACGCCACCGAGCGGGAAGUGGCGGCCUUCUGCAGCGGCUACUCGUCGGAUCGCGAGCGGGCGUACGCCGCGCUGCAGCACUGGACCAUUCGGGACCGCGACGCCAAUCUGGCCAAGCUGAUCAACGCCUUGCACCGUCGGCGCCGCAUCGACGUGGUGGAGAACAUCAGACUGGUCAUGGAGGACGACCCGCAGUUUGACAUCAACCAGCUGAUGACGUCGGUGAAUGUAAGCCAAAGCCUCAGUCCCAUUUACAAGCCUCCGGAGUCUCCCGGCAGCAACGGCGGCGGCAGCGCUGCGGGUGCCGAGCGGUCACCGGUGGACCGGACCAAGAGCUUCUUCCACGAUGAGUCGGAACCGCUGCUCCGUUGCGACUCCACCUCCAGCAAAGACUCGGCUCUGAGUAGAAACGGCUCGUUCAUCACGAAAGAGAAGAAGGACACGGUGCUGCGGCAAGUCCGCCUGGACCCGUGUGACCUGCAGCCCAUCUUUGACGACAUGCUGCACAUCCUGAACCCCGAGGAGCUGCGCGUCAUCGAGGAGAUCCCCGCCGCCGAGGACAAGUUGGACCGGAUUUUUGAGAUCGCCGGAGUCAAAAGUCAGGAGGCCAGCCAGACGCUGUUGGACUCGGUCUACGGCCACCUCCCCGACCUUUUGUAGGAAAAGAAGACGCCCGGGGAGGAGACGAGAAGACGAGACGUGUCGCCCGAGAAAAUCCGGUACCGUUCAAAAUGGUUGACUUUAUGCACUCGGUCGUUUUCACUUUUCCUCUUGCUCCUAUUCUCUAUUGCGUCUUUUCUCUCAUUCCUUCAUUCACCCUGACACGGGAGGGCGGGGGGGGGGGGGGGGGGCGCUCAAAGUCCCUCCUUGGUGUCUCCCAAGCAAAUGCAUUUGAUAAGGUCUGAGUUUUAUCACGAAAUGAAACUUGAAAAGUUUUGUUUCAAAUGUAUGCUUCGGUGAUUGAUUCCAUAUCGGUUUUGUCAUUUGGGGCGCCAUGUUUUUCACUGUAACGGGGGCAAUUUAAAAUGUGCACACGUCGUGGAUCAGACCGGAUUCCCUGGCUACUGGUCUGACGACAAAAUGCCAUAAACUGGAAAAAAAAAAACGACAUUUGCUUGAACUUUAAACAAGUCAGUACACCGAUAUUGUUCUUUUUUUUUUUUUUUUUUUUUUUUUUUUUUUAGAGACUCUUCAAUCAUGAAACAAAUAUUACAUCCAUUAAUCGACAUAUUAUCCAAGAUGUGGCUUUAGGCCUCAGCAUAUGUGCCUGAACUUGCGCUGAUCUCCAUCUUCAUUGUUUUUUUUUUUUCCCCCCACCCACUGUGUGUGUCCCCCCCCUUGCUCGGCAUGACGCAAUUACAUGCUGCAAUACAAGAUAUGCAUACGCCACAGUCUACUUGAAAUAUGUCUACGUAGGACUUUUGAUUCCAAAGAAAGACAGAACGGACUCUGGUUUUUGUUCCAUGUACUCUAAAAUGAACUGAAAAGUAAACGGUGG